AAAAGCCUUAAAUGAGUGUAUGACUCUCUCAUUUUCCUUAAUUAUAAAAAAGAACUUCUUAACUUAUUUGCUAGGCACAAGCUGCUAUAUUAAUGGAGAUAAACCCUAGUUCUUCUUCAAGAACUGACAGGAAAACUAUAGAGAGAAACAGAAGAAAUCAAAUGAAGGAUCUUUACUCCAAGCUCAACUCUCUUGUGCCCCAUCACAGCUCUAGGGAACCGCUACCUAUUACUGAUCAGCUAGAUAAAGCUGCAAACUAUAUAAAAAAGUUGCAGAUAAAAUUGGAGAGAAUGAAAGAAAAAAAAGACAGUUUGAUGAGCAUUGAAAGGCCAAAUAACGCAAGUGUAAGCAGUAAUAUUACUGAGACACCAAUGCAGCUAAAAGAUCCGAUAAUUGAGGUUCAUGAGAUCGGUUCGGCUUUGGAAGUUGUUCUGAUAACUGGUUUGGAUGGUCAGUUAAUGUUCAAUGAGACCAUUCGUGUUCUUCAUGAAGAAGGAGCUGAGAUUGUUCAUGCCAGCUUUUCUGUUUUAAAUGAUACUGUUUAUCACUCAAUCCAUUCCAAGGUUGAAAAUUCUGUGACUGGUAAUGGAUCAGCUGCAAGGAUUUCUGAGAGGUUAAAGAACUUUAUUCAAGAAUCAAAGUCAUAUACUGAUGAAUAGCAGCUUUGAAGAAUAAUUAAUGUUUUACUUAGGGUUAAAUAUUUUUGAGGUCAUCGAAUUAUAGUGCUUUUACAAGUUUACUGAAUUAUGAAACAUUACAAAAUAGUUAUUAAA